AUGUCGUCCGCUCCCUUAUUGCAGAAAGCCCCGGGCAAGAAAAUCGCCCUUCCAACCAGAGUCGAGCCUAAAGUGUUCUUCGCCAACGAACGUACUUUCUUGUCGUGGCUAAACUUCACAGUGAUGCUAGGGGGUCUUGGCGUCGGGCUGCUGAACUUCGGUGACAAGGUGGGCCAAGUGAGUGCUGGGUUGUUCACUCUGGUGGCCAUGGGUACGAUGGUGUAUGCGUUGGUGACCUACCACUGGAGGGCAUCUGCCAUCAGACGCAGGGGCUCGGGCCCUUACGAUGACCGCUUGGGACCCACCAUGCUGUGUUUCUUUCUGCUCAUCUCCGUUGUGGUUAACUUCAUAUUGAGAUUGAAGUACACGUGA